UGGACGUGAGUGAAGUUGUUUGCUAGCGCAGCGAAUUUCGUACAUUCGGGCGGGCGUGGUGUAGAUUGAUUGUAAUAAUUCAGCAUUAGCGGCCGAUUGAAGGCCGUGCGAACGUUCAGGACUAUCGACAGGCUAUCGUGGAGCACGUAGCGUGCGUGAGCGGCCACUUGGCGUAGUUCUUGUGAGUGCUUUGGCGGAAAACAAGCAGCUGCUCGAUCUGCUUGGGUGUUUUUGUGUUGGUGAAACGGCCUUUCAAAGUCGCCUCCUCGCGAUCUCGCCGUCCCGCUCACGCGCAUCCGGAGAGGCUCUUCCAGACGCUGGGCCGAGGGGCCUCGAGACAGGAAGCGCGGCCAAGAUGCAGAUUUCCGAUGGCAUCCGCCACGUCGGCGACGGCUGGCUGGAGGUCACGGAGGAGCGCCUCCAGGGACUCAUCGUGCACGAGGACAUCAAUGACGUGUACGAUGUGGAGCAGACUCCCUUUGCCAGAGGGAAGUUCGCGGCAGUACGGAAGGCUGUCCAUAAGAAGUCAGGCGUGAGUUUUGCCGCCAAAUUCCUGCGGCGCAGGCGUCGCGCUCAGUGCUGGGCGAAAGAUAUCUGCCAUGAGAUUGCUGUCCUGAUGCUCUGCUCAGAUUCAGAACACAUUGUUAAGCUGCACAGCGUCCAUGAGACAAGGUCGGAAACAGCGCUUAUACUCGAACUAGCGACUGGCGGGGAAUUGCAGGCAAUUCUGGACAAUGUGGGUGAACUGACAGAAUCCCAGGCGAGGACGUGUAUGCGUGAAAUCCUGCGAGCACUGCAGUAUCUGCACAAGAAGUGCAUUGCCCAUUUGGAUUUGAAGCCACAGAACAUUCUGCUGUGCGGUGAGAAUGUUGAAGAUGGCCUGAAGCUGUGUGAUUUCGGCAUCUCGAGGAUCGUUGAGGAAGGCGGCAAGAUCUGCGAGAUCCUUGGGACGCCCGACUACGUGGCUCCGGAGGUUCUACAGUACGAUCCGCUGUGUCUGGAGACAGACAUCUGGUCUGUGGGUGUGCUGGCGUAUGUCCUACUCACAGGAUUCUCCCCCUUUGGCGGAGACACGAAGCAGGAGACCUUCCUCAAUAUAUCACAGUGUUCACUCACCUUCCCCGAGGAGCUGUUCGAGGGCGUGUCCGCCGAAGCGAUUGACUUCAUCAGGAGCGCUCUGCGAGUGAAGCCCUGUGACAGGAUGAGCGCGGCCGAGUGUCUAGAACACAAGUGGCUGAAGGAGCCGCAGCCGAGCCGAUACCUCAGCGAUCCCGCCACGGCAGAAGCCACAGAAGAGGAAGAAGAGGAGGAGGAGGAGGAAGAGUCUGACGAUUCGGACACCAGUGAUAACAAGGAGAACGUCGCCUGUGCCACCAACAAGCCAGAGAUGGAGCCGAAGAUCCUAAUACUCAGUCACCACCAGGCCACGUUGUUCCCGGACGCGCCAACGACACCCAAAGUCAGCCGCAAGGCACCUCCGGACUCGCCGCCAAGCGUGAAGGCGCUCGUGAAGAAGUUCCAGCUGGACAACCAGGAGGUGAUCGACGUGUCGCCCAAGGCAGAGACGGGCGGCACUCCGGCCGCUGCUACGGGUGAAGAUUGCUCGGCGAGAUGUGCGGUGAUCACGUGCCUUGCAUGCGCUGGACUGUCCGUGUCCGCGUGUCGCCAUCACACCAGCCCCACGUCGCGCAAGGCGAUGAGUCUGGACCAGCGAAUAACGUGUUAGCCAGCGAAAUCCACUGUAAGGGAAGUGUAUAAAUUCAUCGUGAAGAGCAGAAUGCGAGUGCCUCAGGGAUAGUGAUUUCCCAGUGUGGGUGGGAGAGUCACACAGGCGCGUGCGUGUCCGUUGAGCAGUGCGGAGGGCCCCAAGUCACCCCAGCAGCGUCCAAUUACUGUACUUAAUUAGCACAAAUCACUCAGUCGAGAUGCAGAGGUGAAUCUCUGUCCGGAAGGAGGAAACUUUUAGACAUGAUGAAAUGAAAUAGCCAAGAUGUAGGUCCACAGUUGUAGAUUAUAUUCAAUAUUGCACUCACAGCAUAGCACUACUUCCUCUGGGGUGAAAGUCACGGGGCAUCUCUUCAGGUGGCACAACGGACAACCGCUUGAAUUCGAAUGUUUGACAUCACACACCUCCUGUCAUGAUCACUAGCGACACGUGAGACCAAAAGUGCACUUUAGCGGAAAACAACGAUGAUAUCAUGAAUUUGCUCUUAUUUAUCACUGCGAUAAUCGCACAAACCGGAGAAAUGUAUCAAUUUGCCUCCAAACCCAGUAAGAAAGCAGAGGUGGCAAAGAAUCAAAGAAUGAAUUUUGGGGGAGCGUCUUUUUUCUAUAGAAGUUAAAUUUCUGGUUUUAAUUUAAUAAUGUGUAGUGUGUACUAAAAGAUGAAACGAGAGAAAAGGCGAAUUCUUUCCUUUUUGUAUAAGAAACAAUGAUGUUGUGUGUGUGAAUGCGUGAGAAUAUUGAGAUUUUCUGAAUAUUGAAUAGCUAAGAAGAGGACGAGAGAAGUUUUUUGUGUAUAGUUAAGGACAAUCUUAGCUUUGAGAAUAUGUAGUUAUCAUCAAAAUUCUGUAUUAUUAAAUUAUAUUUACGGAUUUUUUGCCUCCCUUUCUAUAAUGAAAAAUCGUUAAGCGCCAAUUUUAUCGUUAGAAGUAUUUAUAUUUAAAGAGGAAAUAAUUGCGAAGAAGGAAAAUGCGGUGCCUUUUUCACACACACGCCUGAAAAUGAAGAAAAUUGUUGGAGAAGCGACGCCAAAUUCACAUGUAAAAAGAAAUUUUCCUCUGUUCAGGAAGAAAACUUACUAUAACAUGCAGUGAAGCUGCAGUGAAAAUGUGUCUUUCGCCCAUAUGAAUUUUGUCUUUUCUAAUUUACAAACGAGCUAUUAUAGAGGAAUUUUUAAAAGGAGAAAUAAAGUUUGUGAUAAGA